CUAGUGAGAUCUCAGAAAUGUACACUUUACGCGAACAUUUGUGAUUAGUCGAUUUGUGUAGCGGGUACAGUCGGCGCGUUAGCUUGUCCCGUCGUAGUCGCCGCGCGCUGUCAAACUUGCCGCCAAAACCUGUGUUGUGUACUAUGAAAGUGGUGUGUUAGUGAUUUUGUGUACUUUUUGAUUCCCAAAUGACGGCUGGAACUGAGGAGCACGAGCCUCUGAUAUCGACGUCUGUGGACAACCAGACGGUCGCUUUCAAUGCAACUCCGCAGGAUGGUAACUCGCCAGUCGAGACACCCCGCACUAGCGGCGGUGAGGUCACUCUGUCCAUACCAAACCGCAACUACGGCGCCAUCGGGGGAGGCGUCGAAAAGGUCACCUACACCUGGGCUGACGUCAACGCCUUCGCCACCGAGAACAGGUCCAGGAGCAGAAGGUUCUGGAACAUGUGGAGGAACUCGUCGGAUCGCAUGUUUCAGCAGAGGAAGCAGCUUCUUAGGAAUGUAAACGGCGCAGCAUACCCUGGCGAGCUUCUGGCAAUCAUGGGCUCCUCAGGGGCCGGUAAGACUACCCUGCUCAACACCCUGACCUUCCGAACUCCCAGUGGAGUAGUGGCCAGUGGCACGCGAGCGCUUAACGGCCAGCCAGCCACCCCCGAGGCUUUGACAGCGCUGUCAGCGUACGUUCAGCAGCAGGAUCUGUUCAUUGGCACGUUGACUGUCAAGGAGCAUCUGAUCUUUCAGGCGUUGGUGCGCAUGGACCGGCAUAUACCCUACACACAGCGCAUGCGUAGAGUUCAAGAAGUCAUCACUGAGCUGGCCCUAUCAAAAUGCCAAAACACAGUAAUCGGCAUCCCAGGCCGCCUCAAGGGUAUCUCUGGAGGUGAGAUGAAGAGGCUCUCCUUCGCAAGCGAGGUCCUCACAGACCCUCCUCUCAUGUUCUGCGACGAGCCAACCUCUGGACUGGACUCGUUUAUGGCCCAAAAUGUUAUACAGGUACUCAAAGGCCUAGCCCAGAAGGGCAAGACGGUGGUGUGUACCAUUCACCAGCCUUCCUCUGAGCUCUACGCCAUGUUUGACAAGCUGCUCAUCAUGGCUGACGGCAGAGUAGCUUUCUUGGGCUCGCCAGACCAAGCUACUGAGUUCUUCAAAGAGCUAGGAGCAGCCUGUCCAGCCAACUACAACCCCGCAGACCACUUCAUCCAGCUAUUAGCGGGAGUUCCAGGACGGGAGGAGGCUACUAAGCACACCAUUGACACGGUGUGCACAGCAUUCGCCAAGUCUGAAAUUGGUUGUCGACUCGCUGCCGAGGCUGAGAAUGCGCUGAUGAGGGAGCGCAAACUAACGACGGGCUGGGCGGACGCGGCGUGGGCGGGCGCCGCCGCCCUGCGCGCGCGCCGCUCGCCCUACAAGGCGUCGUGGUGCGCUCAAUUCAGAGCGGUUCUGUGGAGGUCAUGGCUCUCAGUCACCAAGGAGCCCAUGCUGAUCAAAGUGCGCUUCUUGCAGACUAUUAUGGUGUCAAUCCUGAUCGGCGUGAUCUACUUCGGGCAGCACCUGGACCAGGACGGCGUCAUGAACAUCAACGGCGCCAUCUUCAUGUUCCUCACCAACAUGACCUUCCAGAACAUAUUCGCCGUCAUCAACGUCUUCUGCUCCGAACUGCCAAUCUUCAUCCGAGAACACCAUUCAGGGAUGUACCGAGCCGACGUGUAUUUCUUAUCAAAAACCUUGGCAGAAGCGCCUGUAUUCGCCACCAUACCUCUGGUGUUCACGACCAUAGCCUAUUACAUGAUUGGCUUGAACCCUGCGCCGGAGCGGUUCUUCAUUGCUUCAGGAUUAGCGGCCUUGAUCACCAAUGUUGCUACGUCAUUUGGUUACCUGAUCUCUUGCGCAAGCAGCAGCGUCAGCAUGGCGGCGUCGGUGGGCCCGCCCAUCAUCAUACCGUUCAUGUUGUUCGGCGGUUUCUUCCUCAACUCUGGGUCUGUUCCUCCUUAUCUCGGCUGGAUAUCAUACCUAUCCUGGUUCCGGUACGGCAACGAAGCGCUGCUGGUCAACCAGUGGUCAGGCGUGGAGACCAUCGCUUGCACCAGGGAAAAUUUCACGUGCCCUGCAUCAGGGCAGGUCGUGUUGGAGACGCUUAGCUUCUCUGAGGAUGACUUCAAAAUGGACGUCAUCAACAUGGUGCUGCUCUUCAUCGGGUUCCGACUGCUGGCAUACAUCGCGCUUCUGAUGCGCGCGCGCCGGGCCAAGUAAUGAUUUGUUUAUAAUAAGCCUAAAUAAUAUUUAAAGGAUAAUUUGUGGACUUUUAACAAUAUAUGAAAAGUUAUUAAAGGAGAUUUUGUGAACUUUUAAAUAGAAACAAAAGAAGACGGUUCAAUCUGCAAAUAUAAUAAAUUGAAGGCGUGGCGUACGUAGGUAGAUGACGUUUGAAGUGUUU